AUGACUGAUGCCUACAAUUCAGUAAUGGGAAAGGAAAUGUCAUCAUCACAGGCAGCUAAGUAUUAUGGCGUCAAUAAGAAGUCGCUGUUAGUCAGAGUCCGGGGAGAGAUUCCUGUCAAUGCUCAUAUUGGGAAUCAGACUGCAUUGCCUGCUGUCUGUGAGGAGGAGUUAUCAGAGUGCCUCAAACUCCUGGCUGACUGGGGUUGGGGUUUCAGCAAAGAAGAAGUUAAGGAUAUCGUAAGGGACUUUGUGACAAAGUCAGGCAUUGAAACACCAUUUAUUGAAGGUCGUCCCGGACGCGAAUGGCUGGAAAAUUUCCUAAAGCGCCAUAACGAUAUUGUUCCUCGCAAGACAGAACAUCUUAGUACGGCAAGAGCAAGGGCUGAAGAUCCGGUGGUGAUACAACACUGGUUUGAACUGUUGGACAAAGUUUUGACAGAUGCAGGAGUGAAGGGCCUCCCUCAGCAGAUUUUCAACGUUGAUGAAAGUGGCUUUGUGACGGACCCCAAAUCACAGGUCGUUCUCGCCAGAAAAGGGUCCAAGCGUGUCAAUCAGAACAUUGGAGGAUCAGGUAGAGAACAAAUAACUGUAAAUUGUGGAGGUUCAGCUAGUGGUCAGGUUUUACCUCCUUAUGUGGUGUAUCAGGGCAAGAACCUCUACUUGGCUUGGACUGAGGGUGGACCAGAUGGAACGACUUUCACGACGAGUGCUAAAGGAUGGAUGGAAGGACCUCGGUUCCUUGACUGGUUUCAAAAGGUGUUUCUGAAAAACACUGAACAUUUGUCUUCAAAUCCAAGGGUGUUGAUAUUUGAUGGCCAUGCAUCUCACCUUUCACUUGCUUUAAUGGAAGCAGCCAAGAAGAACAAAGUCAUUCUCCUGCGACUUCCUGCUCAUCUGACCCAUCUCCUGCAACCAUUUGAUCGUGCUGUUUUUCGGCCAGUAAAAGCAGUUUGGCAAUCCUUGCUAGUGAAGUAUGCCCGGACACACACAGGACCUGUUUCCAAGGCACAUUUCCCUGCAAUGCUGAAGAAACUGUAUGAAAAAUCCUUUGCUUCUGACAUAGUGAAGGCAGGAUUCCGUGCCACAGGAAUAUUUCCUUUUAACAAGAAUGCUGUUCCGUUAGAAGGUAUGGCAAACAGGCCCCAUGUUAGCCAUGAGUCAAGCGAAUCUUCAAAUGGAAAUAACCCAGCUGUUUCUCUCGCAACUGAGCAUACUUCUAAUGCAGUGACUACUGCCUCUUCUGCUGUACCAUCUUCAGAUGUAAUGAGUGUGCCUUUAUCAUCAACAUCGACAGAAUCAACCGAUUCUUCACAGCUGCUUCCAAGUACAAGUCCAUCAGCACUCUCAUCCCCACCACACUCCAUAAAAGACUUCUUUCUCAAACAGCUAACCCCUCAAUUUGCUAAAUCAAGCAGGGGUAGAUCUGCAAGGAUCCAACGUUUUCGCUAUGGUGAGAGCCUUACUACAUCAGAGUGUAUUGAGCGAACCAUGGAGGAAAAUGCCAGGAAGGAGGUUACUACUCGUGGACGUGGUGCUGGUCGUAAGGGUAAGGGCAGGGGUAAAACAUCUGCCUCCAGUACUGCUAGAAACAGCAUGGGAUCGCAAAACCCUCAACCAAGUACAAGUCGAAGGCAGAGUAGAUCCAGAAGUCCCAUAGGGAGGUCAGAUGAUGACGAUGAUGUCCCAUGCAACAGAUGUGGACUUAUAGGAGAGUCCAACAGUCUCUGGGUCCAGUGUGACCUUUGUGACUCCUGGUACCACGCAUUGUGUGCAGGUGUUACUUACAGUGCUGUGGAACUGGAAGAAAUCGAGUGGAUAUGCGACUUUUGUCAUCAGUAG